AUGCCAAGACGCUGGGGCGGACCUGGAAACGCAACACCUUCGCGCUUCGCGAGCAGUCUCAGCGCGAGCGCCCGUCCGGAUGCCUUGGGGGCAGAUUCGACCACCGACGCUCCUGAAAACGAUUCCACACGGCGGGCUGUUGGGAAGCCUGCACUUGCCGGCGGUCUGCUUACAGGAAAGGGCACUGCACAGCAGGCUUCGAGCCAUGCAUCCCCAAGACGACAGCGCAGUGGUCGUGAGACUGUAUCGGACCGACAGCAGGGUGUGGCGCCCUGGCGCUUAUGCACAAUGUCCUGCAGCCUUACCGUAGCUUGCAUCGUCUAUCGUCGGGCGGGAACCGCCGGCGAUAGAUUCGCUUUCAGCUGCUGA